CCGAGCGAGGCGUGGCCGCGUGGGCUGGAUUGUGGACCCACCGCCCGCGGCAUGGAACCUUAUCCUUAUCUUAUCGACCCCUGUUCCGCUCGAAAUUUUGAGAGCGACCCCACCGUUCGUUGCGCCUGAGGGAACCUGCCGAUUCAGACGCAAAGGAAAGGAAAACACCGGAAAACACCAGACGUGGGAUACACAACCAUCGCGCCAGCCCUCACAUCCCCCAAUUUCCACAAUGCCAGUCCUAAGGCCCCUUUCGGGCAACCCGGAUGCCCCCCAACAAUACAAACAACCUUCCAGGAAAGGCAAGAAGGCGUGGCGCAAAAAUGUCGACAUUUCCGAAGUGCAACAGGGUCUCGAGGAGCUCACCGACCAGAUCAUCAAGGGAGGAGUUAUCGCCGAGAAAGACUCUGCGGACCUCUUCACCAUUGAUGUGGAGGGCGACGCCGAGCUCCCGAAGCGGUUCCCGAAGCACGUCAAGAAGGGUCUAAAAGCAGACGAAAUCAUUGCGCAGCGGUCUGCAGUAGCGGCGGUUCCGAUGCGCAAAAGGGCUGGCGACAAGACCACCGAUGGCAUUCUCCCCGUCAAGAGGCAGCGGACCACUUAUGUCACAAGCAAGGAGCUGUCGAGGAUAAAGAAGGUCGCCGACGGGCACCACGAGUCGACAGUCGCGGUCGUGGACGCCGCGUACGACGUCUGGGCAGAGCCGAAGGAAGAGCCAGCGACCGAGGAACAGCGAUUCCUUCCCAAGGCGGAGCAGACGAAGAAGCCCAAGACGCUAAACGAGAAACCCAUCUCCCUCGCCGCCAACGGAAAAGCCAUCCCUGCAGUACCGAAGCCCAGGGGCGGCCACAGCUACAACCCCGCCUUCAACGAGUACCAAGACCGUCUGAUCGAGGAGAGUGAGAAGGCUGUGGAGGCAGAGCGCAAGCGGCUCGAGGCUCUCGAGGCCGAGCGCGUCAAGCUGGAGGCGGCAGCACGGUCAGCGGCCGAGGCGGAAGCAGCCGAGGCACGGGCUGACCUUUCCGAGUGGGAGGAUGACUCGGCUUGGGAAGGGUUUGAGAGCGCGGGAGAAGAGCUGAGCGUCAAGACGAAGCGGCCACGGCGCAAGACGCAGGCCGAGAGGAACAAGAUCAAGCGCCGCAAGGAGGAGGAACGGAAAGCGAAGCACGAAGCGGCCAUGAAGCGCAGAAGGGUCCAGGAGGAGCGCAUCAAGCAGAUCGCGCUCGAGGUGGCUGAGAAGGAGCGCCAGAUGGAGCUGGAGAAGGUCGAGCUGAGCGAUGGCAGCGAUGACGACGGCAACGAGAUCGAGCUGCGGCGGAGGCAACUGGGCAAGCUCAAGCUCCCGGAGAAGGACUUGGAACUCGUGCUACCGGACGAGCUGCAGGAUUCCCUGCGGUUGCUCAAGCCCGAGGGCAACCUACUUAAAGACCGGUACCGCAGCAUGCUGGUCCGGGGAAAGAUGGAGGCUCGGAGGAAGAUUCCGUUCAAGAAGCAGGCCAGGUCCAAGGUUACCGAGAAGUGGACAUACAAGGACUUCUCAUUGUGAUGGGGCCGGCGCGAGGCCGAAUGCAAAAUACAUUUUCCGGUGGCUACCAUUGCAGCCACCGAUAUUUCUCUGUUACCUACCUUCGCGCGCGUGAUCCGCUUACGCUCCAAAACCGAUACCUACCUGCGAACCCGGGUCAAGAUCCCCAGGUACCCAGUUACCUACCUAGGUAGGUAGGUAGGUUGCCCGCAUGGAACCUCACCGAUACUCCCCCGUCACCUCCUCACACCACGCCCAAAACCCCUUCGCCUCCCCCGUCCCGUCCCCAUCCCCCUCCAGCCUCCCCGCGUCCACCAGAU